AUUCUUGUUUGGUUCUUCUCCAUACUCUACAAUAAUGGUGAAUCUCUUUCCCCUUUGUUUCUCUCUUUCAAUUAAAGACGAGACCUCCUCUGCAACAAUCGAUAAAGUCUCUCCUGAUUGUUUCUCGCUUCCAAUCAAAAAAAGAACCAAUUCUACAACAAUGGAGAAUCUCUCUCCCGACUGCUCCUCUUUUCCAAUAAGAAAAAGACUGAAGAAAACAAGCGCAAUAGGGUGUUCGACUGUUUCCAGUACUGUUCCAAAGAAUGAAGAAAAGGCUACUCCAGUUUCUACUCCAGUUUCCACUGUUUUAUCUCUUUCUUGCGAUUAUUCAAGGGAAAACAGCGACAAGAAAUCGAAAAUUGUUAGCCAAACUGCUUUACCAGAGGUCUCUAUAGAGCUAACCCGUUUCCGUCAAUCUUGGAUUACCGAUAUUCAAAGAACAAGUUGUCAACAACGACAUGCCGUCCUUCAAGAACCGGCCUCCUGUAAUUCUUGCAAUCUUGAAAGAAUGAAAUUUUACACCGCUGAAGAUUUGGAGGAGGAGAGAAGAAAAGGCGUCUCCACUAAUCUGAGCCUAUCCUAUGGUUAUAACACGGUAAGUAUUGUUGAUAACAAUCUUGACUUAUGGAAAAUCAAGAAGAAGCUUAAUAAAAGUGAUCUUGGAAAUUUAAGUAGGCUGUUGAUUUCGACUGACUUGGUACAGAAACAUAUUUUGCCUCUUCUGAGCAGUGAUUUGUUAGAUGGGGUUGUUAGCAGUUGUGGUAUUCCUGUUACUUUUUGGGAUGUUGAUACUGAAACAAAACAUAAGUUGAUUUUCAAGAAAUGGGCUACUUCAAGAAGUUAUGUGUUCGUUGGUGGAUGGACUCGUCAGUUUGUUCAAAGGAGGAACUUAAAGGAAGGAGAUGAGGUUGGGAUUUACUGGGAUGUUUUGAAUUCGAGAUUCAAUUUUUGUGUUAUUCGUCGUGCCUGAUUAACCUUUUCAUGUAUUGAGUUUACUUUGAUAAAAA